AUGCCUACCAUCGACGACCCCGUGGAAAGAUUUGUGUCGGUAGUGAAGUUCUAUCUGAGUGGUUGGCACAUCAGACCUCCCGGAGUCAAGAAGCCGCUGAAUCCCAUACUCGGAGAGACCUUCACCUGUUAUUGGGACUACCCUGAUAAUACCAAAGGUUAUUAUAUUUCCGAACAGACUUCGCACCAUCCUCCCAAGUCGUCAUAUUUCUUCAUGGCACCAGAGCAUCAUAUCAGGGUCGACGGCACGUUGAAACCUCGCAGCAGAUUUUUGGGCAACUCAGCCGCGAGUUUGAUGGAAGGGAUAUCAUACCUCAGGUUCACCAAUAGAGGGACUUCCAAGGGUGGUGAAAAAUACAUCCUUACACAGCCUAAUAUGUAUGCACGUGGCAUUCUUUUUGGCAAGAUGAAAUACGAGCUGGGUGACCACUCCUUUGUUCGAUGCCCGGAGAACAAUCUGGCGGCAGAUCUGGAAUUCAAGACCAAAGGGUGGGUUGGCGGUACGUACAAUGCGAUUGGUGGUACGAUAAAGAAUGAGGCAACCGGAGAAGUGCUCUAUGAGCUGUCUGGACUAUGGUCGGGGGAAAUGUUCAUCAAGAAUGUCAAGACUGGACAGAAGAAGGUGCUAUUCGACGCAACUCACGCUAAACAUUCGCCACCCUUGACUAGACCGAUUGAGGAGCAGGGUGAACGAGAAUCACAAAGACUAUGGCUGCCCACGGUUAAAGCUGUACAUGUAAUGGAUCAUGAAAAGGCCACCGUCGAAAAAGCCAAAAUCGAAGACAGGCAGAGAGAAGAAGCCAAGCGGAGAGAAGAACUAGGAGUCGAAUGGCAGCCAAAGCUAUUCAGACGAGUGGAAGCUGGACCCGGAGGAUCCGAAGAAGGUGAAGAGGAUCUAGAAUGGGUUAUAAAUGCACACCUGUACGGGUUCCCCUCACUGAUCCAAUUCUUCAAUGAUGCUAAUGCAAUAUCUCACAGAGAGCCCAGGAGCCACGAUUCCAAGGAAUUGGUUGACCGGAUCCUCGCAAUAGCACCAAUUCUUCCAGGACAAAAGAGCAACCCUGAGCCCGAAUCUAGACAUCACUCGACCGACGCCAAAAACGAAGAAUCAGCACCAGCACCAGCACCAGCCACAGAAGCCAACCCAACCGCAGCAGCACCAUUAAACCCAGCCCAAGCUACAAAUAAUGGUACCGCCACAACGCCGGUGAAGCCUUCUGUAGCACCAAUACCCGCACAUCUGUCUGCAAAUGCCCAUCAAGAAGACAACCUCAUCGAUUUCAACUCCCGGCCACCCAGCGUAGCGCCUCCUGAGCCACUCACCAAAGCCGAGCCCAUCGCGGGCAACCCGUUGCAUCCAACAAGCCACCCACAGCAAACCCCAGUACAUCAAAGCACAACACUGAACGCUCCCACGGGCAACCCCCCAAAGGUGGCCACCAACCUGAUGGACGAUGAUGAUCGCCAGAUGUCAGAGAUGAACAAUGGGGUGUCAAAUAUGAGUCUACACCAGCCAAUGGUUCCGCAAGGCCGAGAUCCCUUGAAACGGACCGACACAGAAACUAGUGAUGUGGAUGUUUUUGUAGAUGCCGAGGGUUGA